UGGGGGGGGUUUGGGUCUAUGCUUCUACGGUUCCCAGUACGACAUGCUUGCAUGGUAGCAUAGGUGCAAACCCAUCCUACCACAUCCUUCUGAUGGGUAGGGAGGCGUGGCUUUUGGGGGUAGCGCAAGUCGCUAUGAUCCCCUCAAAGCAAGUUUGGUGGACUAACCUUCUCGAGGUUGCCGACCCUGUUCUUGGUCUAAUACCAUAUGUAUUAGACGUAACUAAAACCGCCAAGCGAACUAUUGCAGGGAUGGUGAGGUCAUGUCCUUGCGAGUUCAUCGUCCAAAAAGGGAGGACGGUGGACAGUAAAUGACCUCCCGCGUGUUUGUGCCGUGCGCGGGGACCCGUACGGGGGGAUGAAGGAAUCCUGGGGGUUGAGUGGAGUAGUGCGCCGGAACAGUUGUGCGCUGCACACAACACACCUCUUUGGUCUGGAUUUCUCCUCACACGGGAGGCCGGGGUCUAGCUAACCACGGUCAACCGGCUGUGGCAUCCCAUAAGCGGGCUGCCGAGCGAGAGUCGGGACGUGGGGGGGGGGCCGUCGGCGCGGCGCGGGACUCGGGGUGAGUUUGCGUCAUAGUCUCGUGGCGCGAACAGCUCCGUACUUCCUUGCUGCGUGCGGAUGCGUCUGCCUCCCUACGUGCUGGCUCUAUACCGGAGGAGUAGCUCUGACGUCGCUUGCUGAGCAAGGGACGUCCCCGACGUGAGGGCUCCGUGGCGGGUGGAGAGCUCCAAUGGUGAAUCCAAACCAUAUCACCUCAUGGAUAAAGAGGCAAAAAAACUUAAACAAACUAUCACAAACACCAACAAACCCAGGGUUGCGUCGUUGGACGUGUCGCGGUGCAAGUCACCAGUGGCGCGAUACUCUGAUGCCCCUGUCACAAACACCGAUGCACCCUCACGGGCAGCGUCCGGGACCCCAAAAGAGAGGGCAGCGGCUGGGGUUGCACCAAUCCGGGCUGCACUCCGGCCCGUACCCAAUCCGAUGGAAUCCCGUAAACCACCGCACAAGGAUGUGACCACUGCUGCGGCCAGGUUGGCUGCGUCGGUCGAGCCAAAGAUGGCAACUCCGGACGAUGAUACAGCACUGUCUGCGUCUGAAGGGGGUGCUUCCGCGGCAAGAGCGAUGCGGCAGACCGAGGCUGCGACGGAGGGCACGUCCAGUGCACUAACCACGACCAUGGAUAUGUCGGCCCUGAAGACCGCAAUUCAGGAGCCGACUUUCAAAAUGGUCGUUAGCAACUCUAAAAGGCGACGGCACAGGAGAGCCAUAAGGGCGACGGAACAGCAGAAGCUGGUCACCGGCGCUCCGAGGCCACCUGUGAAACCUGGAACUGCCCCCGCUGUAACCACAGUUGAGAGAGGCGGGAAAAGGACACCGAAGCCUAAAAGAUCCACUGCUGCGCCCGUGCCUAGCUGCUCUGGGUGCGGCAAGGGACUAAAGAGUUCAAAAUCAAACCAAUCCACGAAGGGCCAGAAGCGCGACCGGCCUGAGGAAACAGUAACACCGACUGGGGAAAGUAAAAGGGUCAAACCCAACAAACCCCAGACGGUGGAAGGGACCUCGGCCAGUUACGCGGAAGCGGCAGCAUCAUACAAAGCUAACGAGCUUUGUGUUGCCGUGAUGACUGAGCCUUUUGUGGAUAUGACACAGGAACAGGCGGAUAACAUCCGUCUACAAAUCGAGGGUAAAAUUCAAGUUGAGCUCCUAGCGGAUCUUGAUGCUACCCUAACUACCGAGCCCAACGACAUCAGGUUCCGGGGUAAGGCCCAUUUCUCGGAUGGUGUCCUCAAAACUUGGUGCGAGGACACUUACACUCUGGGUUGGCUGACCGGAACUUGUGAUGUCAUCACAAAUCCAGUACCUGACACCAGGUUGGUGGUUCGGCCUCAAUCGGCGAUUCCGAACAGGAUUCCGUGUCUGCUACAUGUACCAGACUACAGUGGCAACACGGAGACACUGAGGAAACUGAUCACGAGGCAAAACCGCCACCUCAACAUCAGAUCAUGGACCCUGACACACGAACGAAGAACUCAGGACCCGACAGGCGUGUCCCUCUUCUUUCGUGUGCCAGAGUUUGAGAUCUCUAAAAUCAAAGAGCAUAAUCGGCGUUUAUACUACCUGAUGGGGAACAUCUAUAUCCGCAUCCUGGAUAGAGAUGAGCCCUCGCAGGUGGCCAACGCCCCACCAACUGCUGCCAGCACAUCGGGGGUGGCGUCGUCGGGGCCGGGGCUGCCCACGUCCCUGACGGGGGCGGCUUCGGUCACCGGGGCACACGUCCCUAUGGAGGUAGCUACACAACCACCGUCACCGGUGCAACUAACUUCGGAUGAUGAGUUGUUUCAGGAGACCGGGGGGAGUGAAUUCAGCGACAGCUGUCUGCGCUCCUCCCCAUCGCCGAACUGACCUCAUCCAGGCCAACCUCCAGCACAGUCAGACAGCGUCGGCUUCCCUACGCAGACUGCUGGAGACCAAUCCGAAGACCAUCGCCGCGAUCCAGGAGCCGUGGAUCAGGAAUGGCAAGAUAUGUGGCCUGGGCUGCACUGGUGGUAAACUUUUACUGGAUACCUCCGAACCUUACAGCUAUUAGGUUACCCAGAGACAAUCAUCCAGACGUCGUCCUGGCGUCCGCCUACUUACCAGGUGACGAGGACGUGCCCACUCCAGAACUCGGCCUUCUGGCUGACUACUGUGAGAGGGAGAAACUGGAGCUAAUCAUCGCGGCGGACUCCAAUGCGCACCACACGUUAUGGGGUAACGCUAG